UUAUAAUUUAUUCAUUUGAAGCUUAUUUUCAUAUAAGACUUGGGGGAAGUAUUCAAGACAACAACUCCACUAAAUCUAACAUAUUAUCCAUAGAUUCAAUACUAUCGAAGGAGUAUGGAGGCGGGGGAUACCAGAAGAUUUUUAUCAAUCUCCAAUAUCUUAUCCGAGGAAGGGCCAUCGAGCAACGAAGGACCCACUCGUAACUCUGGUCCGUAUCCGAUAAUCGCCUCUACAUCUCAGCCAACAGAAGAGAUCCAUCCAACCAUACAUGAAGGAGAAGUAUUAUCCAAAGUUGAUACCGAGGGUAAAAAAAAAUUCAAGUCACAUAAGGGACUUUUGACUAAAUUUCGUGUGAAACAACACCAACAACAACAGGCUCCGGAAUCCCAGGUAAGACACGACAAUAGUCGUAGUAGAUGUAGAAAGUUGAAGAAGAAGUGUGACAGAGGAGAUCCAGCAUGUUAUAAUUGUUUGAAGUCAAAAUACACGUGUGUUUAUAUGCCACGGAAAAUCAGAGCAAAGUCCGAAAGACCAUCUCUUUCAAGUUCAUCAUCAUCAUCAGCAUCGUUAAGUUCUUCCUCUUCAUCAUCAAUGAAUUUGGGUAAUGGGUUAUACAAACAUAGGGUGAAUUCAAUAAGUUCAGAUGAUAGUUCCAAUAAUCCAUUCACUACUAAGAAUAAAGAAUCAUCAGUUGCAAUCAUGUCAUGUUUCCAAUUCGAACCAUCUGAAAGUUCACAUUAUCCUCGUUCAUUUAUACCGAGUGUACUUGAAAAAUCCUUAGAUGAAUUUUUCAGUCAAGGUGGGAGAUUUGUACCAUUUCUUAGUAAGGCGGAAGUUAAGCAAACAUUAAAAUUUAAUGCUUUGAAUCUGUAUCAGGAUCAAUUUACUCUCUAUAUGAUGUUCCUUAUUGGGUAUACCCAUUUACAACGAACUGGGGCAUUGCCCAACGAUCAAAGUUGUGAUUAUUUCCUUACAAAGGCCUUUAGUCAUUGCAAUGAUUUUUCUGAAAUAUCAGUUCAAAAUGUCAAGAGACUGCUUUUAUUAUUACUUUAUGCAAAUUUACUUCCCUCAGGGACUCCAUGGGAAAUUUUGGGUAAAACUAUUCAAGCAUGUUUUUCAUUGAGGUUAAAUACAAAUUGUAGUAAAGAAGGAGAAGAUGGAGAAAUCAUAACUUUUGAAUGUCAAGAUCGUAAUCGAGUAUUUUGGAGUGUCUACGUUCUAGAUGGAUUCAUGGCACUUUCCUUGGGCCAACCACCAUGGAUCGGUGAUGAAUACGUCAAUAUUGUAUCUCCACCAGCAGGUCUGGACCAAGCCGAAUGGAGCGACUUUGUGGAAGCCAGAUAUCUUUGUGGAGAAAUAUUAAGAAAGGUACACUCGGUAGGGGCUUCCAGAAGAUAUAUAAACAAUGAGCCUGCUAAAUUAUCAUUAUUAAACGGGAUUCAUAAUGAGGUUGAAGCUUGGCAUCACAAUUCAUUAGUUAAAUUCCAUUUCCCAGCAUUUGAAGAAUAUUGGGAAAACAAAGCAAAGGGGAUUGAAAAAAUGUCACACACAAAAUUAAUGGAAUAUAUGAGAUUUGAAUCCAGAUACUUUGUCUUAAAAAUGUUAUUAAACAAACCUUCAUUUCUUUAUCCAAACCCAUUGCCCGAGAAGAAAUUAUUGAUAGGUUCACCGACUCUCAAUACAAUAAAAUCAAUUCAGGUAUUGUAUGAUGGUAAUGAAUAUCAUUUCAAUUUGAUCAAUAUGAAUAUCUUUUUAACUAUUUGCGGAAGUAUUGUGUAUUGUCUACAAGAGAAUUGUAUAAAUAUUGAAGAUUUGAAAUCUGAAAUAGUCACAUGCAUAACAGUUCUCGAAUCCUUCGGAAGGUUUUCAUUGGUUGCAAAGAAGGCAGCCGAUCUAUUUAUUUCCCUACAAAAACAAAUUGAAGUAUCGCCAAUAUUCCAACCAAAUGACCCAAAUAUUGUUUCAUAUUUCAAAAUUAUUAAAGAAUGGAAUCCAAAUAUUUGUUCAAUCCAUCAUACAUUAGUGGCAACUUCAAUGGCUAAUAAUUAAUGGACCAUAUCAAGUGGUGACUUUUAAAGUGGCUUAUACAUUACAAACGUUAAUUUCCUUACCAAAAAAAAAAAAAAUGAAAGAACAAAUUUAAAUUAGACUCUGAUAAAAAGAAAUAUCCUUGUUUUCUUUUUGUGUCAAAUAUGUCAAGAAUUUUUCAAGACUUAACUACACAUACGGAAAACUCUUCAUUUUCAAAAAAGAAAUAGAUUGUAUAGGUUAAAUUUUAUAGUGGAUACCACUGCUACCACUACCACUAGUAUUGCCAAGGACAUUAAAUUGGGCAUGAAUGCUCCAUAUAGUGAAAUAGGGGCUUCAUAUUACUUGGCUAAAUAUAGUAACGCACUGCCUUGAUUCGAAUUGACGUUGUGCAUAAUACAUGAUCAUCACGUGCCUGGUUUUAUGUUGUUCGGCUCUGUUGUUUAUUGACAACGCACUACA